GUCAGCACUUCCAGCCGCGCUCGGGCCCAUUAGGCGGCACUCCCGACCGACCUCCUUCUCCUCCCACCACCACCCGUCCGCGCAUCUUCGAAGCCAUGGCGGACAAGCCAGUCUCCGUUCUCGAUCUGCUCGCCGCGAUGAAGAUCGAGGUGACGGACGAGAAGGUGGCCAGCGCCAAGCUGGACUACGUUUUGUUUCCCAAAGAAAAGAACGACAGUGGCACCUUUGCGACGACUUUCGGCGUAGACCUGCGCGGGAGCACCUUGCUCUUGCUCAGUCGCGCGCGCAAGUCGGGGAUUCUUUUCGAGUCUGCCGUGCUGAAGGAGCACUGCGCCUUCUUCCGCAAUAUGCUGUCGAGUGACUUUUUGGAGGGCACAGCUUAUAGGAGCAGGAAGAGAGCACGCACGAGUCGCUCGGAACCUGCGUCCGGCACACAUGCCGAGUCAGCAUCCAGCAUCUUCGAGAGAAGCGUCGUCACGCUAUGCGAUGUUGCGCAAUACAAGUACACUGGCAAGCUGCGCCAAAAGAUGCCGAUCUGGGACAUGGUGCCGCUCCUUCGCGCGACAGACUAUUACGACAUCAAGGACCUGGGCGGAGCUGCACUUGCGGACUGGAAGCUCUUGCAAGGUUUGAGUUCCGACCAGAUGGCCAGAGCCAUCUCGAUGGUACUGGAUCGAACCAUCUGCGGGGAGCACCUCCUUCUGCAAGAGCUCAGCAAAUACUUGUACGCGCUUGAGACCACCACGGCUCAAAAGAAGAGUGUUCAGAAUCUUCUACGAGAAUCAUGGCCCGAGCCGAACGAGCACAAUCUUCUCGCACGCACGAUCAUUCUGGUCCCACUGCUCGCCGCGGACCAGGAUGCCGCCGCAGUCGAGGCGUGGCUCGAUGAAGCAUGGACAGCCUCGCGCGAGGAUGAUGUGCAGCUCCUCGACAAGACGUUCGCGUCGCUGAGCUCGAAGCACACCGACGCGGAGCUGGCUAAGCUCCUCCGCGAGAAGCGCAUCGAUCCGUGAUCGAUCACGCUGCAAAUUUCCCGCGUUCUCCACCACUAUACCGCCAGCCAUACUCAGUCGUCACCGUCCCAUCUGCUUGUC